AUGAGAGGUUGCAGACCUUCUGUUAUCACUGUGGAAUGGUGGAUCAUGAAAUCAAACGAUGUGUUGGCCGGCCUGUUCGAUGCGGAGAUCCUACAUUGUAAGAUGCAUGGUUGUUCGAUAGCCUCGAAAUACCCAGAAUUUCCAGUCAGCCGCUUCGGCCCUGAUCUACAAGGAGUUGUUCCAGACCAGCGUCAAUUGGAGAAGUUUCAAGUUGUGCUGGUAUCGUCAAGGAGACACCCUGCUGCACCAGCCCCUGCACAUCAGCAUGCUCAGCCUUCCAUGGCCUUGCAGUUACCGUCGGCCCAUACCGGCGUCGGCGUUGGAGUUGAUCAAUGGCAGGCAAGCCAUUCUCUCCUGGCAGUUCCACCAACCGUCCAUACGAAGGAGAAAGAGGGGGGCAACCGUCCGGCUUCUAGGGAGAUUACCCAAUUUAGAAGCAUGGUGGAGUCUUGUGAACUCAUUGACCUUCCCACGCAUGGGCCGCAAUUCACAUGGAGUAAUAAGCGGCAAGGGGGAGCUAAUAUUACAAUCAAGCUCGAUAGAGCACUCGCAAACCAUGCUUGGAGGACCACCUUUCCUGAUACUGCUGUGUUGGUUCAGGCAGCUUUAAACUCAGAUCACUGUCCGCUUAUUAUUGAUUCUGAAGGUGGGAAAUUUAAGGGCCAGAGACCCUUCAGGUUCAAAUCCAUUUGGUUCCGUCACCUUGAAUGCAAGCAAACGGCAAUGACGGCCUGGGCUCCUGUGGCUACAACUGAUGCUACUCCUAUUCUUUUUAAGAAGAUGCAGAGAUGCAAGCUUAUUUUCAAGCGUUGGAAUAAAGAAGUAUUUGGUCAUGUUCAAACAAAAAUCCAAAAUUUGAAAGGUGAGCUUGAGGAUCUUCAAGGAGGACCUAUCUUCGAUGGUUAUUAUAGUAAGGAGCAGGAACUUUCUAUGUUGCUUAAUGAGGAGCUGGAAAAGGAAGAGGAGCUUUGGAGGCAGAAGUCUAGGGCCUAUUAUAGCAAUAUUUUUCAGUUUGAAGGAAUCGACCAUGAUGCACUUCAACUUGUGUUAGAGUCAAUUCAGCCGCAGAUCUCACCCGAGGUGAAUGAGGCACUUUGUGGCAUUCCAAUACUUGAGGAGAUGCAAGCAGCACUCACAGCUAUGGCACCGUUGAAAGCACUUGGUCCAAAUGGACUCCCCCCUGCCUUUUUUCAGAAAUUUUGGGAUUUCACCCAUUCUGAUGUUUAUGAUUUUGUUUGUAAUUUCUUUAGUUCUGGCACUCUUCCAUUACACUGUAAUGACACUUAUUUAUGUCUUGUACCAAAGUGCUCUAAUCCAGAAAGUGCAGAUCAAUAUAGGCCUAUCAGUCUCUGUGCUGUCGCAGUUAAGAUCAUUUCCAAAAUUAUGGCGAACAAGUUGAAAGAAGCCUUGGAAAUUCUGAUUUCACCAGCCCAGUCUGCAUUCAUCCCUGGCCGCUCUAUCUCCGAUAAUAUUUUUGUGGCACAUGAAGUCUUCAACUAUAUUAUUCGGAAGAAGAAGGGGAAGCAGAAGUUCCUGGCGCUUAAAUUGGAUAUGCGGAAGGCUUACGAUCUUGUGGAAUGGGAGUUCAUCGAACAACUUCUCCUUCGUUUUGGUUUUGCUAGUCAUUGGGUGAACAUGGUGAUGGCCUGCUUGCGUUCGGUGACUUACAGGCUUGUUAUUAAUGGAGCUGUUCGGGGUUGUGUUAUACCUUCAAGGGGUAUUCGUCAGGGCGAUCAGUUGUCCCCAGCUCUUUUUAUCCUUUGCUCCCAAGCGUUGAGUAGUGUUUUGGAGGAGGUCUACCAUCUGAAGCAAUGCCUGGAGGUCUAUUGUAAUGCAAGUGGGCAAGCUAUUAAUCUUAAGAAGUCUACACUUUCUUUCAUCCCAAAUGUGCAUGUUCGUUUUAGGCGUUGGUUCUCUCGGGUCCUCAAGAUCCCCUAUGGGAAAGGUCCUAGUAAGUACCUGGGCUUGCCUACUAUUUUUGGUACUUCUAAGGCUGAGUUGUUUCAUGAUAUUACUGAUAAGGCAGGGAAGCGUUUCAAUGGUUGGAAGAAUAGGCUUUUAUCUCAUGUAGGUAAGGAGAGGGGUGGAAUUGGUUUCCUUUUGCGCAAUCAUUUGGGGCAGCUUCGGCUUGCAGUUUCAAGCCAUCAUAGAUUCAGUUUCGUUAUCGAAGGAGAAGCAAUUGCAGUUCGGGAAGGACUCCUUGAGGCCAUUUUGGAAGGUACUUAUUGUGUUAUGGUGGAGAGUGAUAAUAGGGAGUUCGUCUCGUAUCACCAGGAUUGCUCCAAGCAGCGGCCUUUAUCCAUUUGCCCAAUUGUUGAGGAUAUUAGGCAUAUUGCCACGUACUUGGAUGUUUGCCAGUUUCUUUUUAUUCCAAGGGAUGCUAAUGUUGUAGCAGAUUCCCUAGCCAGGAGGGCCCAGUCUAUUGCGAAUAGAACUGUUUGGCCCAAUUCCGAUCCUUGUAUAUCUGUAGAUGCUGUUACAGAAGACUUGAGUUUAAUCCGUUAA